CCAGAAUUGUUUUGAAGAAGAAGGAGAAGUUUUCCCUACUUUUUUUGUUUUUACAACAUUAACAGACUUGUGAUUAUUGAUCACUCUUUAAAGAUCAGCUUCUCGGGAGUAAAACCAGCGGGAAGGUGUCGGUGGUUCGAUUCCGAGGCUCGUGGACUGAACCUCGGUACAAAACACUAACGUUUGAUUUGGUGACAAGGAAAUGGACGGAGACGCUAACGGGCUGGAAUGAUCUGCUGAAGAUCAGGUUGUGACGGCCUCCUCAGCAGCCGGCACCACGGCGGGGGACCACCGGACCUCCGUCUGCAGGGUGCUCAUCUACCUUCAGAAGGACAUGUCCGGGGACGGCUGCGUCCCCCGGCGCCACGGCCAGUCCCAGUCCCGGCCCACGUCCCCGGCCCCCCUGCCCCCCCUGGCCUGUCCCAAGACCAGGACCUGCAGCUACCGGGGAGCCGUGGGUCUGGGGAACAAGUACAUCCGGCUCAACGUGGGAGGGAUCCUGUUCUACUCCACGCUCCAGGUGCUGACCAGAGAGAACUCCAUGCUGAAAGCCAUGUUCAGCGGGAAGAAGGAGGUGUUCACUGAUAAAGAAGGUUGGAUCCUGAUUGACCGUAGCGGGAAACACUUUGGCAUCAUCCUUUGUUACCUCCGCGAUGGCAGCGUCAUCUUACCCAAAGGCCGGCAGGCCGUCCAGGAGCUGCUGGCCGAGGCCAACUUCUACCUCAUCCAGGGUCUCGUAGAACUGUGUCAAAAUACCCUGCAGGGCAAUAAAGAGCAAGCACUGUGUGUUAUUCCUGUGAUAACUUCCAUUAAAGAGGAGGAGCGGCUCAUCCAGUCUUCUACCAAGCCGAUAGUGAAGCUGGUGUACAACCGGAGCAACAACAAGUACUCCUACACCAGCAACUCUGACGACAACCUGUUGAAGAACAUCGAGCUGUUUGACCGGCUUUCCCUGAACUUCAACGGACGCGUCCUCUUCAUGAAGGACGUGAUCGGAGACGAGAUCUGCUGCUGGUCGUUCUACGGCCAGAGCCGCAAGCUGGCCGAGGUGUGCUGCACCUCCAUCGUCUACGCUACAGAGAAGAAGCAGACCAAGGUGGAGUUCCCCGAGGCCCGGAUCUACGAGGAGACUCUGAACACGCUGCUGUACGAGACCAUGCCGCUGCCGGACAACUCCCUGCUGGAGGCCACGCGCCGCAGCUACAACGCCUGCGGCUCGCUGAGCGAGGAGGAGGACGGGCCCGGGGGCCCGGAGCCCCGGGACCGGGACCGGGACCGGGUCCGCCGCACACACGUCAAGAGAUACAGCACAUACGACGACCGCCCGCUGGGACACUGAGACUGAACCACCAAACCCCCGGACACAUUUCAAUACUCACGCUGGGAUUCUUGGUGGUGGUUGUGUUUUUCCUUUUUUUUUUUUUUCGUUAUGAAGUCUGACACUCAAAUGUUCUUUCUUAUCUUUUAUUAAUUGACUUUCUCUGCCAUAGUCUAAGAAAGAUUCCUGUCGAGGCCUCGGUGAAAUAAUGUGAGCUUUUAACUCAGUGAUUGUCAGCUCUUUCCAUCAGGAUUGGUGCAUAAAUCAGAAUAUGAUGCAGAGCAGCUGCUUUAAUAUAUGCAGAACUGUGGCUUUCAUUAAAUAUAGAAUAGUAGUGAAAAGUGGUAAAAACACAUCGGUAAAAUGCACUUUUUAUAGAGGUAGAAAUAUUGUUAGAAACAUUACUCCAACUCUGCAUCAGCAGGAUAGUAUAUUGUUCUACUUUUAGUGUUUCAUAUUUCCAGAUGCACAUGUUUUAGUUUGACUGGAGUUGCUGUGACUCUGAUCUGUUGCUGCUCAUCUGAACGCCUGUGAAGAUAAAAG